AUGAGUUGCAAAUGUAGUAGAGAUAUAAGAACCUUGGAAGUCCUAAAUCUCCAACUUCUAACUCCAACAUCGAAGCGGAUAAGAAUUCAACCUCCCCACGUCUACCCCACACGGUGUGACUUCAUCAACUCACCUCCCAAUUCCCCUUCUCCAUUCUCCCACUGUACUCAAUUGAGCCCUCAAAUCCAAACCAACUCUCUACAACAAUCUACUACAAUGUCCGCACGCGUUGCAUGGAUCGGCCUCGGCAACAUCGGCCGAGGCAUGACCAAAAACAUAGCCGAAAAAGGCCCCCAAACCAGUCCUCUCCUACUGCACAACCGCAGCAGCGCACGGGCCACAGCCCACGCCGCAGCCCUAGCACCCAAAGCCCAAGCCGUCGACCUCCCAACAGCAAUCGAGCAAGCAGAGCUCAUCUUCAUCUGUGUGGGCGACGACACAGCCCUCGAUGCAGUCGUCUCCAAUAUCCUCGCCCAGCCAUUCGAUCUAAGCGCCAAGACCUUCGUCGACUGCUCUACCGUCCACCCGGAUACAUCACGGAAGACGGAGACGAGCUUUGCUGCGCGUGGCGCUGACUUUGUGGCUUGUCCUGUGUUUGGGGCGCCGAAUAUGGCUGAUGCAGGACAGUUGAUUGUUGUUCCUGCAGGGAAGCAGAGUGCGAUUGAGAAGGCGCGGCCGUUUUUCGAUGGAGUUGUCGCGAAGAAGACGCUUGAUCUGUCUGCUGGGACGGGGGCGGAUAUCGACGUUGGCAGGGCUGGUAUGCUGAAGGUUCUUGGGAAUACGUUUAUUCUGAAUACGGUGGGUGUGUUGGCUGAGUCGUUGGUUGCGGCUGAGGCGUCUGGGUUGGGGGUUGAGCCAUUCAAGGAGUGGUUGGGUCUGUUUGCGCCGGGACCUUUUGCGAAUUAUGCGGAGAGGAUGGAUAGUGGGGAUUAUUAUCGACGGGAGGAGCCGCUGUUUGCGGUUGACUUGGCAAGGAAGGAUCUGAGACAUGCUGCGGCUGUUGCUGGGGAGGGGGGUUUGAGGAUGCGGAAUGUCGAGGUGACGGAUUCCUUGUUGCAGGAGGUUAAGGCAGAGCGGGGGGAGAAGGGGGAUCUGGCUGCUGUUUAUGGGGCUGUGAGGAAGGGUGCUGGUAUGAAGUUUGAGAACGAGUAG